AUGGCUGACUCUCAGCGUCGUCCCCGUGUCUUCUUUGACAUCCAGAUUGGUAACGAAAAGGCUGGUCGUGUUGCCCUGGAAUUGUUCAACGAUGUCGUUCCCAAGACGGCAGAGAACUUCCGUGCUCUCUGUACCGGAGAGAAGGGUAUGGGGAAGCAGGGCAAGCCAUUGCAUUUUAAGGGUUCGAUUUUCCACCGCGUCAUCAAGCAAUUCAUGAUCCAGGGUGGUGACUUCACUGCAUUCAACGGUACCGGCGGCGAAUCGAUCUAUGGCGAGAAAUUCCCCGACGAGAACUUUGAGCUCAAGCAUGACAGGCCGUUCCUCCUAUCCAUGGCCAACUCCGGCCCCGGCACCAACGGCAGUCAGUUCUUCAUCACUACGGUCCCCACCCCUCAUCUGGAUGGCAAGCAUGUUGUUUUCGGUGAAGUAAUCAACGGAAAGAGUAUCGUCCGCAAAGUCGAGAACAUGAACACCCAGGCAGACAAGCCCGUCAAGGACGUCACCAUUGUUGAGUGUGGUGAACUCACGGGCCAGGAUUACGAUAAUGCUGACAAGCAAACUCCUGAUGCUACCGGCGACCCCUACGAGGAUUUCCCCGAUGACCACCAGGGUGAGGAGCUGAGUGCCCCUGUUUGCUUCAAGAUUGCGUCGGAAUUGAAGAACUACGGAAAUGCCGCGUUCAAGAGCGGUAACAUUGCUCUUGGUCUGGAGAAGUACCAGAAAGGUCUGCGCUAUCUGCAAGAGUUCCCUGAGCCUGCUGAGAACGACCCUAAGGAGCUUGAUGGCCAGAUCAAGACUCUCCGGUUUGCUCUGCACUCCAACUCUUCCCUUCUCGCCAACAAGCUGGCACAGUACGGAAACGCUCGGACCUGGGCUACCUACGCCUUGGAGACCGCUAAUGCGGCUAAUGCGAAGGAUGCCGACAAGGCCAAGGCCUACUACCGCCGUGCCGUGGCCCAUGGCGGCCUGAAGGAGGAGGACGAGGCCCUGAAAGACCUCCAGGAAGCCGAGAAGCUGGCUCCCGGUGACGCCGGCAUCGCCAACGAACUUGCCAAGGUCAAGAAAGCCAUCAAGGACCGCCAGGCCAAGGAACGCGCCACUGCGCAGAGGUUCUUCUCAUAA